GAGGCUAAAGGGCAUGAAUUGGACGACAUCCGUUGGAUGAACGUCCUCGACGAUCCAACCCACCAUGAUCCCCUGAUGGCGAGUUCGUUUGUUGCGUUCAAUGUGAAGGAGCUUCAGUUCCUAUUUCGCAGAGCUGCACAGCCCAAGCCGUGCACAAUCUCUUGUCUCAAUUGCCUAUACAUGUAGAGGUGUGGAUGAACCAGGGCAAUAUAAGAAGCUCUGGCAUCAUUUCUUUCUGCUGCGAAGUUUUGUGGAUUGCGCGGAGCUUCUUUCUAUCCUCUUUUACUUUUCGUUGAAGAAAAUGCAAAGUGAUGAAUCGGAUGCGGUAAUUCGGCCAAGAAGUCCUGUCCAGAACGUCUCUGUGUUAUUCACAAGCAUACGGCACUGAUUGAGCCGUGGACUUUACCAGCCUCUCAGCUUCAAUUUGAUCGAAAUGACAGAUCUGAAUUCAAGAUUUGGUGUGAAGGACUCUAAAAACGACAGAGACCUACGAAAAAUUCGCCUUAAAUUGGAUUGUCCAAGUGAGGUAGAAUGGGAGAGAUGGAGGCCUGGACGCGAGCACCAGAAGACCUUUUAUGUGAAAAACAUAUUAAACAAAGUGCAGACAUUACGAUGGGUGGAGCCAGAUUCACCUUAUUUUAAGACUAACUUUCAAGAACCUCACGCAAGGUUGAAUCCAGGCAUGACAGCUGCAAUUAUCAUUUGUUUCAUCCCCGAGAGCACUGAAGAAUAUUUUAGCACAAUCCCUUUCCGAACAGCCCGGGGACCUUUCACUUUGCACUUAAGGGGCUUGCUUCCCUCCGUAAACCUGGGGCUUCCUGUGCACAUUGACUAUAAGUACUGUCCAGUCAAAGAUAUCACCACAAAGACGUUUGACAUUCACAAUGACCAAGAAUUUAUAGUUGGGUUUAAAUGGGUGUCUGUGACGCAUCCGUUUUCAAUAACGCCUGUUCAAGGAAAUUUGAAACCAGGACAAACUGCGACCGCGUCUUGUCAUUUCUGCCCAGAGGAUGCAACAGCUUACAAGGGAACCGCGUGUCUUGGGACGACGACGAAGACAACGGGUCAGGUUAAACUAUUUGGCAUUGGAAAAUACACAUUUCUUACACUGCUUUGGCAAGUAGUCGAAUUUGGAGACGUUCUUAACCGAACAUCGAAAGAAAUGGAACAAGUGGUGACCAACAUCUCUUCCGUGCCAGCUCAUUUUAGCAUUCAGAGAGUUGAGGAAUGGUACUAUGGUCAUGGCAGUGCGUUUACAAUCAGCCCGAUGAAAGGAUCUAUACCGCCGAAUUCUUUUCUUGCUCUCAAGGUACUUUACCAUCCAGUUGUAGCCGGAACCUUCUCUUACGAGCAGUUUGAAGUAGUGACAUCUCAGGCUCGCCGUGCCCUGUUUGCUUGCUCAGGGACGGCGACUCGCCCUGUAAUUAAACUCACUGUCCCUUUUAUGGAUUUUGGUAGUGUGGAGAAUGGCGGCUGUUCCCAUCGAACUAUCACCUUAGAAAAUCAUUCUGCUGCUCCUGUUCACUUCCAAUUCAUUACUGACGAGGUUCGAUAUUUUGAAUGGCAACAACCAAGGGCAGUAUGUAAUGCAAACAGAUCGAUACUGCUUCAUUGUAAUUUUCGACCUACAGAAACGGCGAAUUACUACAAACGUAUCCUGAUCAUUGUGCAAGACCAAUAUCCACUUUUCAUAGAUGUGAUGGGAACGGGCUACAAGGUUGCAUUGAGAUCUGCGACAAUAUUACCGCACCAUGUCUAUGAACAUCGCGAGAACUUGAAACUCAUUGUAGCGGAAAGGGAGAUGGCCCGCGUUUUGAAAAAGGAUGUAUCCGAGCUGGCUGCAUUUCGGGACGACGAUGAAGAUGAAACCGCAGCAAUGUAUUUUGACCCUAUGGAUAUAUUUUAUGGAGAUCCAACAGACGACACUAAAGAUGAUCCACCCGAAUGGUCGUGGCUUGAAACUCCGUCAGGGCAACAUAUGAAGUUCAGGAAUAGUGGUAUGCGCAGCCCUGGCGCUUCCUCGGGAGCUUUGGCCAACAUGUUACUUGACGCUGAAGCAGAAGAGGGUCAAGUGUUCGGUCGUCCUCACGAAUGGGACAUUCAGAUAAGCGACAACAACGGCAGCUUGGUUAUGUACCACAGGCAAGAAGCCACAGGAAGAGUAUCAGCCUUUGAAUGUUGGGAAGAGUUUUUCAUGGGGAGAAUGGUGGAUUGGGACCCCGUUACUGUGAGCACAAAGUAUCUUGACUUUGGUCUUGGCAAAACGAAUGUUGAAACACCUGAACAAGUUGUUUAUGUGAAGAACAAUCUCGCAGACCCUGUUACUGUGAUGUGGUUGGUACCUUGGGAGUUUGAACAUCCACAUGUCGCAUCGUAUAGAGCCAAAAAUGUAGCCAGUAGAUUUGAGAUAAAAUCAAAGGUGAAAGAGUGUGAACAAUCGAGAACUGUAUUUAAUAUCAUGCCUGAGAAGAUCAUAAUUCCAGCAGGAGUGUCAGUGCCGUUCAGUAUCACAUUCAAGCCCACACAAGUUGACAUGUUCUACUACCAGCUUAUCUCGUGUUUCGCAUGGACUUCAACUUCAUAUCACGUGGUGCCGUGUUGGUCUUCCACUCUGCACACAUCUGGAAAUACAUUUCAAGACAGGACCCAUAUUUAUCUACCUUUAGCAUCUCUUUCCACGCACGACGUUAUCUUUCCACCUGCUGCGAAAGGAACGUCGGUUUUCCAAAAUAUUAUGAUCUAUAAUCACGAUGCCAAUACCCCUCUCAGGUACCACUGGAUGAGCGAGCACCUACCUGCAGAAUUUAGAAUGAAACCAUCCCAUGGAUUGGUUCCACCGAAGGACUUCAAUAUCAUUAGCUUCAGGUUUGAUGCGGGUGAACCGAAAGUUAGUCUUGGACGGGUAGUUGUCCACCUGAAUGACUCAGUGACCACCACAAUGCAAGUUAAUCUUACGGCCACCAGCCACAUUGCGAAGGUUAGGUCGGAGAAAUGGGACCAAGCGGUGUGUUUCAAGCCCACGAGUAUCGGAACUCAGGCUAUUUUGAACAUAUCAAUCAUUAACUCGGGUGCCAUACCCGCAAAUUUUGAGUGGCAGGUUCCUGAAAAAUGCGCCAACAUCUUCUGCAUUACGCCAGAAUAUGGUCUUCUGAAAGCAGGAGAGAAACGUUCUAUUGCGAUUUCUUUCUUUCCGAAGAGACAAAAGCUUUAUUAUUGUAAUGUGCAUUGCUUGUACGCAGCUUUCCUUGAAAAAGCUUUUGUUCAAGAUAAUACUCAUCUGAUUGAGGGUGUUACAAGCUGUGAUGUAGAUGAGUUUCUUUUAGUUGUGACUGGGACAGGGAUUACUCAAUCAAUUAGUAUUACUCCUGGUAAAGUGGAUUAUGGAACAGUUCUAACUGGAGUUCCUCACAAGCAGGAUUUUAAGCUAUAUAACCCAAGCGUUGGAAACUUGCGGUUCUUGUUGGAGUGUGAUCAUGGGCCUCGUGUCAGUCAUGAUUCGUUCCAUCUGGUUUUGGAUUGCUACAGAGGCAUUUUACGCGGUGGCACGACUUGUACAAUAACUGCUACUUUACACCCGACAAAAGCACAGUUUUUUAACUUCAAAAUUACUUGUAAAACAUUCUUGCCUCCGAAAGACUUGAGUUUCGAGGAUGCUACCUUUCAAAAAUUGCGAGAGGUGGGUGGACACGAGACAUUGUAUGAUGAGAGUGAUAAGGCGUUGGAGUUCGUGGCUACUUGUUCUCUUGUCAUGAAUGCCAUCCAUCCAGUAGUUCAAGUUGUGGAUGCUAGAGCACAUGGACUAAGUGCUCCUCAGUUUUUCCGUACUCGAUUGAUUAGGAACUGGAACCGAGAAAUGAAAGAAGGUAAGAUUGUCUUAAGACCAAAUGGAGAGGUGGUGUACCAAGAGUUGUUUUGUUUAGGAGCUCUUAUAGAGGAUAGUCCUGAGGACUUUGUUUUGGACUUUGGCGUGCGACAGCUGGGCACAAGCUCUAUUGUUGUGUGGCUUGCGCUCCAAAGUGGAACAGCUUUGCCAGUCAGCUGGAGAUUCAGGCUUUGGAAUGACGUAGAUAUUGAUGUAGAAAAUUGGGUAGUAGAGGCGCCCCCCACAGAUCAUGAAAGCGACCUCUUGGUAAUGCGCCCAAACUUCAGAAUUGAUCCUCGGAAAGGCAAGCUGGAACCUGGAGAGACAACGUUUGUAAAAUUCACGUAUCUGGCAAACAUUGAAGGGCGGCACGACUUUCCAGCCAUACUUCAAAUCACCGACGGUCGAUCUGUGCACUUUUAUCUUAGAGGCACAACAAUUGCAAUGGUCCCGCAUGUGUUGAUAUACCAACCUGACACCCACUUUUUAAAAUCCCAGGUUGUGGGAGAUGUUAACCCACCCAUUCAAACGACUGAUCUCAUCAACACUGGUACUCUUGACAUGAAAUAUGAGUUGGAUAUGACCCCUCUAGUGCAAAUGCAGAAAAACAAUCAUGGCUUUCGAGUGCUUUGGUGCCUUAACCCGACAGGAAUUAUUCCUCCUCAACAAUCUAUUUUGGUUCACUGGCUUUUCCAGCCUCUGGAAGCAAAGACAUACUCAGCAGAAAUCCCUGUUUAUGUCGAAUCUGGAGAAGGAGGUGUGUUGAAAAUUGAAGGAAGAGGUCGCCGCCCCUGUGAGUCAUACGAUCCAGCAUCAACCGAUGGUAAUCCUCCUCGAAUGACAGGGACACCACAUGAAUGGCCUGGUCUUCCAGCCACUCUCUCCAGCUAUGUUUUAGAAUUUGGAACCGUAGAGGAGCUUUCAACGACCAAAAAAUUAGUGGGUCUACAAAAUCGCUUGCCAGAUACUCCGAUUGCAUAUUGGUGGAGAAAGAGUGAGGGCGCUGAGCACCAGCUCGAAGGCCGGAUUACGGUCGAGCCAGAGAGAGGAGUCCUCGAUCCAGGCAAACGAUUACUCUGCAAAGUUGAGUUCCUUGCAGCAGUGAGGCCACAGCUUUUCGAGACCACCCUCCAUCUUGAAAUCAACGUCCUUCAUGUGGAUCCUGAGAACUCGAUGACUAUUGGUUCCUCCACACCCACUGAAGUCAGCUCAGAGAUAAUUAUAGACACUUGGCCGAAGGAGCUUGGUUCGUUCAUGUGGAAUAAAAACUUCCAACAUCGGUCGGUCCUGAAUCUGUCAACAAUCGCGUCCAGGUCUAAAGUAUCGGAAUUAGCACUGCAAAAAUUAGCAGCUAAUCCUUAUCUUCAUUUCAAUGAGCGAAUGGACGACGAAGUGGUUCGCACUCCACCUGCCGUCAACUUCGUUCUUUACCUCACAGUGCUGGGGCAGAUUGAGGUAAAGCACUUUCAUCCAACUACAGAGGAUCUACUUUCAGCUGAAGACAAGCUGCCGUGGACACCACAAGAAAGAUCUGACAUUGAAGUGCAAUUUGAGUUCGUGAAUGACAUGAUGCUACAGCUUCUACAGGAGGCUUUACAUGAUGAAACUCAUGACGAGACCUUUACAACAUUGGACACAGGCAAGCAAUUGUGUUUUGAAGAAUUUCAACAAGAGUAUCCCAGGCCGUUGACUGAGGAUGAGGUCUUUGCGGCGAUGUUCAUGAGUUUGGGAGAAGGCGAACUGCAUCCUCAACCGGCACCACAACGCAGCCCCGAUGAACCAAAACCAUCGCUAUUCGUCAACUCAGAAGGUCAAUCACUGAUCUUGAAGAAGGCAUGGAAGCCCCCAGAUUCUAAAGUUCCUCGCUCUAGUGCGUUGAUAAGAGCUGUAGGUGCAGAAAUGGUGGACGGGGAAGAAGACCCAGCUUCACCAGAUCAUUCAUUUAUGGCUGCCCUGGCAGAAACGGCAGAGGUCGUAUUGGAAGACGCGCUGUUCAGUGUGACUGCGGAGAUGUUCGAGGCUGAGGAUGACCAGACCAAACCUUAA